ACUAAUGCAUACUAAUGAUUAGAAAUUUGAAAUAAGAGUGCAAAAAGAACGUCAAGUUGAAAUCUGAAGGAGAGAGAGAAAGGGAGAGAGAGAGCGAGCUGAUUCGAGCCUCUCUCUUCAUUCCUCGUUCACAAAAUUCAAAAAAAAAAAUCCUAAAACCCUAGGUGUUUUCUUGUCAAUUUUCCCCAAAUUGUUCUGCACUUUGUUGUCGAUUUUGGGGGGAUUCUGGCAGGAUACAAGCGAUGAGUAGCAGGAGAGAAGAAGAGAGGAACGAGAAGAUAAUAAGAGGGCUAAUGAAGCUCCCUCCCAAUCGCAGAUGCAUUAACUGCAACAGCUUGGGUCCCCAGUAUGUGUGCACAAACUUUUGGACCUUUGUCUGCAUGACAUGCAGCGGAAUACAUCGUGAGUUUACUCACCGUGUGAAGUCAGUUUCCAUGGCUAAGUUUACUUCCCAAGAGGUGGAAGCUCUUCAAAAGGGUGGUAAUCAGCGUGCCAGAGAGAUAUAUUUAACAAAUUGGGACCCUCAAAGACAGUGGCUUCCUAAUAACAGCAAUGUUGAUAAAGUUAGGGACUUUAUAAAGACCGUCUAUGUUGAGAAAAGAUAUGCUGGGGCACAAUCCUCUGACAAACCCCCUAGAGAUACUCAGAACUUGAGAAGCCACGAAGAUGAGAUGAGAAGAGCAAGUUCUUAUCAUUCCUAUUCUCAAAGUCCACCAUAUGACUUUCAGUAUGAAGAGCGGCGUUACGGGAAACAUGCUCCAGUGCUCUCUAGAAAGCCUGGAUCAGAUCGAGGACUUGAAGGAAAGGUGUCGAGUUUCUUGAGUCCUAGUCGUUUAAGUGAUCAUGUGUAUGAGGAUAGGUUUGCUAAUGAAGGAUCUAAUCCCAGAGCUUCAGAUUACUCUGUAUCUAGUGGAGGUGAUCCAUUCAGGUCUGAAGCACAGUCCCCUAACUUUCAGAGAGGCAUGGGAAGUCCCCUUAGUGACACCUCAAGGGAUAUUUCCUACGAAGAUGUACGGCAUGCCAAGAAAGAUGCUGGAAGAAUGUCACGGGCACAGAGAACUGCAUCUUCUGGAAGUUUUGAAUCGUUUGAUAGCAAUUCCUUGUCAUUCAAGUCAGUAAAUUCUGUUGGUUUAGGGGAUGUUACUUCAGAAUCGAAGCAAACAAUUGAGACCCGCUCUAGUAAAUUGUCAACUUUCCCCUCUUUGCCACGAUCAUCGGCACUCGGAAAUUCAGAUGCCCCGGAUCUGUUCAAUUCUCCCUCGGUUCCUCAACCCGCUCCUCCUACAGUUUCAACGAAGUCUCAGUUGCCAGUAUCAUUACCAAGUGCCUCCAUGGAUCUAUUUCAGCCAUCUGUUUCUCCUGGUCAAAUUGGUAAUUCACAUCAACCAUCCCGCACUCUGCCACCUUCAUCUUUGGACAUAUUCUCAGAGGUUCCAAACCUGCGGUCAGCUGCAAGUGCUGAUGAAAAACCAUCAUGUGAAGUCACUUCCAAAAAUGAAGGAUGGGCAACAUUUGAUAUGCCAGAGCACGCAGCAACAACAGGCAUGGAACAGUUCACCCUGACACCAACACCUACUUAUGGUCAUAAUUCUUUUGACUUUUUACCCGAUAAGACACAGCAGCAAUCGGGUGUAACAUCCACUAAGAAUACCUUGGAUGUGGUUCCAGAGAGAAAUGAUGGAUGGGCAACAUUUGAUAUGCCUCAGCACAUUGCACUAACUGGCAGUAAUAACUUUACCUCCAACAAGAUUCAAUUGGAGGGUGAUUCUCAACCGAAUUUGGACCCAACUUUCUCUGUCAUGCAAUGGCCAUCACCGGUAGGAUCUGCUCCUCAUGGACCAGCCGUUAGAGACUCUACUGCUUGUGCACUAAAUUUGUCAAUGCCUGCUUCAUUUCAUGGAGGUGUGCAGAAUGUUGAAGCAACUCCAAGUGGCAGAAACACUGCCUUGUGGAGUGCUUUUGAAGUUUCUACUGACCACUUAGCUCUCAAGAGUGUGCCUAGUAGCAAGGAACAAGUUGUGAUGAACCAUGAUUUAGUUGAUGAUCAGUAUAUGGGCUUAAGAGGAGCAGAGAAUGCAGCUGUGGGUCAAACUCAAAGAGCUGUGCUGGAUAGUGGAUAUCCUAUUCCUAGUUUGUCAUCAUAUGUCAGUGCCUCAUCCUCUGGAUUGUCCACUCUUCCUGUAGCGACAGGAGUGCAUUUACAUGCAAAUGAGCAGAAGUCCAACAACCCAUUUGAUUUUCCUUACGAUGCUGACAUGGAAUGCAGCAAUAUGCCUCAGUACUGGGACAUGAGCUCAUUACAAGCUGCAUUGCCAAGUGGCGAAAUGCCAACUUCUUUUGUUGGUGAUGUGACCGAAUCUUGGUUCCCGCAGAACCCAGCAACAGCUUAUGUUCCUAGUGUACAGCAAGGGACAUUGUUCGUUUCCGCACAACCAUCUGGCAAUACAAUAUCGAAUGUCUCUACACAUGGGCCCGUUGCUCCUAUUGGUGGAAAUCCAUUUGCAUAGGAUUGUAUUCAUAUAUUCAACUAGUUGUGGAGUCAGCUAGGUUAUUCUUUCAACUUUUGGUCCUAUGUAUUUUCAUGUUCUGGCCAUGUUUAUAUUGUUCAAAAUAUGAGAUAACCCUGCAGAAAAUUACCAAAUUUCAAAGGCAGGUUGGCAGUUUCUCUUUCUUGUCGAGCCCUAUGGUGUGUUCUGAUACUAUAUAUAGUCCUAUAGUUGAUGUGAUUGUAACGAAAAUUUUGUGUCUGAAAUGGUUUGCGAGCAUCUUUGUUCGCUAUUUUGGUGAAGAUGCAGCAAAUGACUCUCUA